AUGACACGGCCCGCCUGCCGUGUUGUUACAUUAAUUCAUGAAAGUGAGUCGAACCAGCUGAAAGAAAACCAAACGAUUCUACUGGCUCUCAAUGGAAACCUGACAAACCAGAACAACAAACUCAGCUCAGAAAAUGAAAACUUGAGGAGGGAACACAACAAUCUGACAGUCCAGUUGGAGAACCUGACACAAGCCUAUACUGUCUUAAAAAGUAACAUCACCAAGCUGUCUGCAGAAAACCAGAACCUGACAUCACAAAACACCAAGCUGUCUGCAGAAAACCAGAACCUGACAUCACAAAACACCAAGCUGUCUGCAGAAAACCAGGAGCUGAAGACAGAGAGGAAUGAGUUCAACGUCAGUCGAGCUCAGUGGAGCAUUGAUGCCUACUGCCCAAAAGAAAACCAAAACAGAACGUGUAAAGCUUGUCAGGAUGGUUGGAUACUCUCAGAAUCCAGCUGCUAUGCGAUUAAUGACGCUGAUGAUUCUGGUCAGAAAACCUGGGAAGAAGCUCGAGAAAACUGCAGAGGAAAGAUUUCAGAUCUGGUUGUUAAACUUGAUCAAAAGGAGAAGGUAAUGAGAACACUGAACAUUUUUAUGACAGCCUAUAUGAAAUGAAAAUGUAUUUUCUGUCUGAACACACUGAGUCUGUAGGCCAGUGUGUUUAAGUACAGAGUUUCAAUAUUUGAUAACUGUCUCUCUGUUAAUAAACAAACAAAACGGGCAAAUCUAUUUGAUUAUGAUAAAAAUGACUGUCUGUUGAUGAAAGGUGAACUGCAGCAGUGUGAGAACAAACAGUGUGGCUUAAACCACUAAAGUAGAAAACUUACCAUCAACUCAGCAUUCACCACUAACCAAACAACAACUGUCAAAUCUUCAAAGCAGAACUAAAAACUAUUCUCUUCUCUGUGAAAUAUAACAUUGGUACACUGUAAACCUUGUUCUUUUGAUUUUUAAAAGUUUAAACUUUUAUUUCUCCCCCUGAGAUGAUC